AUGCAUAGACGCCUCAGCUUCGCUGGAUAUUCCCUGAACAUUCCUCAAACCAACACCACAGGCCUCAGCUGUCUGCUCCUGGCAUUUGACAACGGCGUGACCCAUGCCCUGCGCCAGUGUGGAUUCAGUGGAAGACUGUCUCAAAGUAUCGCUACACAGGGAACACUAUUUUUCUUGCCUGGGCGCCCGUCCCUGGCGGACGCAGCGGAGGAGCGGCUGCAGCAACACGUGGAGGCGGUCGCCACCAGCCUGGGACGCGCGACGGCCGCGCCGGGACACCUCUGCGUCUACUGCGGGAAGCUCUACUCGCGCAAGUACGGCCUCAAGAUACACAUCAGGACUCACACAGGGUACAAGCCACUCAAAUGCAAGGUAUGCCUGCGAGCAUUCGGUGAUCCGAGUAACCUCAAUAAGCAUGUCAGACUCCACGCCGAAGGCCAGACACCAUACAGAUGCGACUUGUGUGGGAAAGUCCUAGUUAGACGCAGAGACUUGGAAAGGCAUCUUAAAUCUAGGCACUGUACCUGGGGCAGACAUGACACCUCAUGUGACGAAGUAACACAAAGAACACAGUUCAGAGUCGCAGAAUUAUGCUGA